GUUUUCCUUGGGAUUGUCUGCGAGCAAGAAGUUUCUUUGACCGUCAAGUAAUCACAUAUUGAGGUUGGAGCUUGAAGCAGGCAGCCUCAUCACUUCGCAUCGCAUCGCAUCGAAUUGAAUCGGCAACAGACCUCAUUUCAGAACAAAGGGAGGGAAAGCCGACCGACUGAUCCAACAGCAUCAGAGGAAAGCAGCCCUUCGUCCCUGUAACAUUGUUUCCAUCGAAACGACGGACCCCACGCAAAAGUCAAACAAGCACAACAUCCUCAUCCGAUAACGAUUCAAUCGCAAUCUCCAAGCCCAGAAUACCUUCAUAUUAACUUCGCAAAGCAGCGGAACGAGUGAGAGAGUGAGAGACACAGAGAGAAGGGGAAACCAUGAAAGAACGUCGGACUUUCCUUUUACCUCCCAACAGCGGCCUCACCAAGGAAGACGUCGUCGUCACCGCUUCGACGCUCGAAUUCUCACGCCAUAAAGAUGCCGCCGUGGAGAGGAGGAUGACUUUAAACGUGACGGAUUUGCCGGAGAAGUUCCACAAAGCGUUGGCUUAUUUCGAUGAUCUCCACAUUCGCUUCGAAUCGCCGCGAGACGAUGCAGAGGUCCAGUCAUCGCAAGUGAACACUCCCGUAGUGGCACGACUGCCACCGGGUCUGCAUAUCUUCUUUACUCCGCGACUCGAGACUAAUCGCGAUGCUGAUCAUGCGAGUGAGAUCCUGUGCGCAGCCCUUCGACCAUUAUUGGACUCGAGCGCGAAAUGCCUCCCGGGUAGCGAGGGCAAGACUUUCACCGAGCUUGCCACCUUGUACAAACGAUCAGGUCGUUUGCUGUCUCAGCAGUUCUACCAUAAUCUCGUUCACUCUUCACCCGCUUUCGAAAUUGUCCGUGAACACCUCUGCUUCACAAGAGCACAGAAUCCGACAAUCGAGACCUUAUGUGACAUCUUCUCGACCGCUUCGUACGCGCGGCACCUCGAUAUCGACUACGACGCCAGUGCGAAUCUCAUGCUGGUGACGGCGUUUUGGACUUCCCAUGAUCUCCGUGAAUUGACCGAGCGACCAAAGUAUCCGCUUCAUAAGGCGGAAAAGCCGCCAACAGGGACUUCUCUCGAGAUCGGCGUGUUGGAGCCACAAACGGCCAAAAACCCGGAAGAACUCUCCGUUGGGGGGCUCUUGACCUUGGUCGGCGAGGUCGAUCAUGCCAGCGGCACACUCUUUUCCUUCCCAGCUCGUCACCACCCAACGCAGCGCGGCGUGCACUACACCGCACAAUUCCAGAAACCCACUGGACUGCAUCCUAAGCUCUCUCUGACCUUCCCUGCCGAUACUCUCGUCCCACCGCAAUCCUCAGAGCCAUCGUCCUGCAGCCUCCACGCUCACUGGACCCUCCCAUCGUCCCUCUUCAUCGACCGCUACCAAUUCUCCGACCCGCUCGUCCUCUCCUCCCAGAACCUCAUCGAUCUCAAGUCCCUCUCAGGAGAAGAGGACCUCGAAGCUCCCGACUGGGCGAUCCCAACCUGGGGCUCCAGUGCGCUCUUCACGCUCGCCUACCCCAACACCACAGCCACCGACCAAGACUGGACCGUCACCAUCCCCACCCACCUCCGCUACAUGACCUUCCCCUCUCAACCAGAGCACGGCCAGCGCCGCAGCACCGUGGAGAUCCCCUGGCCGACCGUCUUCUGGGCCUGCGGCGACGCCCAGGCGGGUCUCAACCUCGUCCGCAACCCCUUCGAUCGCAGGGACCUCGGGUACGACGGCCUGUUCGCGCCGGAUACGCUGUACUACCACGUCCCGCCGGCGCCUGGCAGGGAAGUAGCGAGAUCUGGCGACCAUCGCGGCGUGAAGUUGAUGGAGAGCCUGGAGGUGCCGACGUUGGACGCCGAGAAGGCGGAGUGGGUGACUGUUGCGACGGCAGCCGUCGUGCUGGUGGGGUUUUUGUGGAUCUGCUCGAGGUUGUUGUUCGCGGGCGCUGGUGCAGCGAAGAGUGCUGAGGCGAAGAAAAAGGACGAGAAGAAAGUGCAGUGAUGGCAGUGUUUGCACGGUGACAAGGAGUUGCGUGCACUCUGUACUAAAACAGAUGGUGGGUGGACUCUUUGUCCGUCAUCUCAUCGCGGACCGUUGCGAAAUGCAUCUUGCUUUUCGUAGGAUAAUACAAUUGUACAUCAACCCUAACCUGAUUUGCAAUUCCGUACUAUGCUGAAGGUUUGGCCUUUUUCCUGAUCGUGUUGCUACCCAAAACAUUCACCCCUGGCGUUUCACUAUUCGCACCCGUUUGCUCACCAGUCGAGAGCCCGUCCACAGUCGUUGUCGCACUACGUUUCUUCCUGACCAUCCCUGCAAGAUCGUUUACUACCGGCCCGCCGCCUCCACUACCACUGCCUUCUGUCGUCGUCGACGAAUGCGUACCUGCCACGACUGUGAUUUCCACCGGCGAUGUUCCUGUGAUGGAUAUACUGAAAUCCUCCCCCGC